GGCGAGUGGUGGAGCGAGGAAGGGGCCAUUCUAGAGGUAUGCGUGUGUGAGAAAGAGUGUAGGCAGCCUAAACGCUAAUGACAAGCUUUGUUCCCCUUUUUUUGUUUUUUAAAUGUGCAGGUUAAGCUUAUGAGAGGUGAAGGUGGCUUCUGGGGUGCAAUCAUUUGAAUACUAAAGGAUGUGGCAUUAGCGGCCAGGACUUCGCUGGGUUUCUCUGCGCAGCUCUCUGAAUUAACACAGGAAACGCGAGCACGAUCCCCGGUAAAGUAGCGCCUGGUGGUUUUGGAGUGCUCGAUCUGCCUGGGUCCUCAUUGCCUUGAUAGGUUUGGACCGGCAGGGAUUUGUUUUGUUAUCCUUUAUUAAACCCGUCUCUCUCUCUCUCUGGCUCUCUUUCACACUGCCUCUUGCCUAUAAUAGCAUAGUGGUGGGAUCCACACAUUGCAGAAUUCUGCUGGUGAGAGUCAAAAGGAAAAACAGGAUCAAAGUUCGCUGACGUGCUGCGGCAAUCAGGUGCGCUGUGAAAAGUUUGAGGAAUAUUGUCUGGAUGCGGUCUGCUGACAGAAGAAUGAAGCACUCUAAAACUUUUUUCAGGUCUGGAAGAGUCGUAUCUCUGUGAUUGUGUUUGUUCAUGUGGGAUUUGCGGAGGCUUGGUUGGAAACGAAGACCAAUCAUUUCUCUCGAUUCUCUGGGCUGAGAGCAGGCAACUAAGGGGGACACGACGAGCAACCCCCUCUAUCAAGACCUGAUCUAUUUCCCCAAACUGUUUAGUGUAUUCAUGAGGUUACGCAAAUGUGGAGGCAGCAAAAUUAUCGUAAUCAAUUGAAACAGCGACUGCGCAUCCAUGAUUCUGAUUAUUUGGAGAUCAUCUGUCUAUGUAACGAGGAAAGGGGGGCAUUGAAUUACUGUUGAGUUUCUCGGAAGUCCAUGAUCAUUGGGCAAGGGAGUUUAGUCAGUGAUAAUAGUGCUCUUCGGUCGGCGAACUGACGUAUUUUACCUUUCAUUAGAUAGCUGACUUUGCCCCGCUGAAAGGUGCUGUUUUAAAACCAAACACCACACUCUCCAGACGAUCGACUGCAGCGUGUUCUCUGUAAUCUGACAAAGGAAAAAAAGAGGCAGACGAGCCACAGGACGAUAAACUGAGCAUGGAGGUCAGGUACAACCAAGAGACAGAAGGGAUCGGGCUGAGGAAUGGACUAAAGAAGGGGAACGAUGACAAGGAAUCCCAGGAAAGCUUGUCAAAAAGCUACUUCAAGGAGCAACCAGACUCUUUUUCCCCCACUGGGACUGUGGACAACUGUGAGAAGAACAGGGGGAGCACGGCAGACCUAGACUACUGUCGGAGGAUACUAGUCAGAGAUGCUAAAGGCUCUAUCCGAGAGAUUAUCCUGCCAAAGGGUUUGGAUUUGGACCGACCCAAGCGGACCCGCACCUCUUUCACUGCAGAGCAGCUCUACCGGUUAGAGAUGGAGUUCCAGAGGUGCCAGUAUGUGGUUGGAAGGGAAAGGACAGAACUGGCCCGUCAACUCAAUCUGUCUGAAACUCAGGUGAAGGUCUGGUUCCAAAACCGGCGCACUAAGCAGAAGAAGGACCAGGGGAAGGACUCUGAGCUGCGUUCAGUGGUUUCAGAAACAGCCGCCACCUGCAGUGUCCUCCGACUACUGGAGCAGGGACGGCUGCUGACUCCUCCAGGCUUGCCGGGGCUCCUGCCCCAUUGUGGCAGCGGCACAUUGGGCUCCACCCUGCGCCCCCCGUCCAUGACCAUGGCCAGCAACAGCAGCAGUGGCAGCAGCAGCGGUAGCAGCAGCGGCGGCAGCACCAGCACGGCGGGGGGCAGCCCUCCACUACCUGCCGCCACCAGCUCGGGGACAGUGGCAGGUCUGCAGAGUUCACAGGGGGCUCACGGGCUGUUCAGCUUCCCUAUGCCCUCCUUACUCAGCGGCGUCGCCACACGCAUUUCCUCCAACCCCCUGUCCAUGGCCGGCUCGCUGGCCGGCAACCUGCAGGAACUUUCCGCUCGAUACCUGAGCUCCUCUGCUUUUGAGCCUUACACGCGGACCAAUGGUAAAGAACCCAUUGACAAGAAAAUUGUGGAAUGAUGCUUUGUUUUCACGUAAAUGGAUUCCUGUUUCGUCUGGACACAUUCUGGUCUUUGUACUGCCUUCUAUUAUCUCUGCUCAUUCUCUUUCAUCCGUCUGUGUCAUGUUCUGUAUCAGCUCAUGUAUUCCAGUUCUCACAGAAAACUUAAGACCUACACAAACUCAUCUAACAAAGAUUUUGCACAAAAUGUUCAGAUUUUGUUAUAGACACUUAAUGCAAUUUAUGAGGGGUAUUUCAAGAUUCUGUUCAAACACAUUUCCUUCUUUCUAUGAAUCCCAGAUUGCCAUAUACGCCACACAGGGCCCGAGAGAAUAUGGCUGCUUCUCGCCACAAAAGGUCUCCCGCUGUAAGAGAAGUGGUACAUAAUGUAUAGCAAGGAGUGCGGGAUAAGUGACAGACAGUGUAAAGGGAUGUGGGUUAUUAUUACUAUUAUUGCAGGUAGAUGUAGUGAAAGAAAGCUAGCUGUCAAAUACUGUAUCUUAGCAGCCGUUUGUAAGAUCGAUUCAGCAAAUCAAAAAACGUACAUUUAAAAUGCAACAAUAUGAAUGAACAAGCAAGGCCAAUGUCUCAACACAGAAAUGGGGGAGGAGAAAAGAGGCCUGUGUUGGAAGGUCCCUGCAAGGCUGUUGUUAUCAGCAAGCCCAAAGCGUUUGACAAACGAAUGUGGUUUGCUUACGCAGAUGCCUCGCAAAAAUUAGGGUGCAAAAAGUUCUGUUGUGUAUCUGUUUGUGUUCAGUUUGGACCAAAGCAAAACAUAAUCCAGAAAAGGUGUUGUCAUACAGUGCAAUUGUUGUUAAUGUUCCGUGUUGUUUUCUGUACUUAAACAUUUGACAACAAACGUCUUCACUUUGUUGCAUUUUCGUCUUCAAGAUGCAGUACCUGACUCCUUUUUUGUCUGUGAUUUUAAUACCACUGUGAGUUCUCAGAGUAUUGGUGUACAAUUUCUAUUCGGCGCAGGAGCUAAGCAAAGGAAAGAAAAAUCCUGAAAGGUGGAGCUCUAAAGAGAAAAGCUUUUCAGCAUUAGUAAGCUUCUUGCUUUGUUGAAUACUACACUACAAGGUUUUUCCACCAUUAAGACAAUACAAUAACCUUUCCUUCCUGUGUGAAUAUCCACAGACUUGAUAAAAGACAAAUGCACAUGGAGGCAGGAUGAAAUUAUUGUAGUAUAGAAUUACAGGAAAUUAAAAAUUGUUAUUUUAUUGUAAAUUAUUCACUUCUGUAUCUAAUAGAUUAUUGGUUUAUCUGGAAAAUAAUGAAUGAAUGUAUUAGUGGGUUGAGAAAUCAAUCAAAAGCUCUGGUGCUGUUGUUGUGAAAUAUCUUGAAAUUUGUGAAACAUGUGGUACAAAUGUGCAUAUAUAUUAUGUAUGGCUACAGACAAAGACAGGUGUGUUUUUUCUUUCUUACAUGUUGCUGUGGAUCAAGUUAUGAUAAAUUCAUGACAUUCAUACAUCACAGACCAUUGCCUGCUGUGUAUGUCCCUGACAGUUUUGUUUCUUGAAUAUUUGUGAUAAUAGUACUUGCGAUUACAAACAGAACGUUUGGCUACAAGUCAAUAAUAAUAGCAUUAUUAAAAGUUGUAAUGAGAUGUUUCAAAGAACAAUUAUAAGAGCCCCAGGUGUUCAAUUUUUUUAAAUAAUUUUUCAUUAGGACUGGAGCUAAAUAUUUUCAUUAUCUUGCAGUCAAUAACAUUUCAGAAAACUGAAAAGACUCAAACCAACUUGUCCCAAUUGUCAUGGCAAUAUCUUAAAAUGUCAUGCUUUACCCGAACAAAGGUCUUAAACAGGGAUAAGCAGCAAAUCCUUAAAUUGGAUGAGUUUUCGCUUUUAAAAUGUUUUAUUAAAAAAAAUCCUAAAUGUUUAACUAGCAACCAAUUCAUUUAUUGAUUAUUUGUGUCAGCUAUGGGUUCAACAUUAUGAUGAAUGCCCCUUUCACUUUGAAAAAUACUAUUUUAGUCUCCCACAUUUCAUUUACCAACUAAAAUGUCUCUGUCUGGCUGUUUUAUACCGAAGACUAAACAGUAAACUUGACCUAAAUGAGGUUGUGCUCAUCUGACUUGCUUUCAAUUACUGUGAGCUCAACAAGAAGCUUUAUGUAAAGCACAAAGGGCUUUGUGACAUUUUUCUGCUAAUUCUAAAGUCUGGUUGAGUCCGAUCUGCGACCCGCUGACUGAAUUUUUACGGUGAAAAAAAGGUAAUUUAAAGUUUAGUCUAGAGUUAAUAUUAUCCUAAAAACAUCAAUCUAGGAUAAGUCCUUAGUGGUCUCGGUCGAUGAAACAAAAUGUAAUUUUAACUUACCGCAUUUAUGAAACAGCAGUUUAUACAAAAUUUUAUUUUAUUUUUUGUGAAAAAUUCAUUUUUAUGGAAAAAAAUUUCAUCUAAAUACUUCAAUGGUUGCCUGUAUUUAAAUGCAAGACAGAUCAUUAUUAAAUCAAAACUCAUGGUGAACUUA